AUGAUUGAACCCAAGAAUGCUCUACUACUGAGCUACAUUCCCAUUUCCAUUUUACUUUUUUUCUGGAACAUAUGAAGUACAUAUAUGAAGACAUGAAUUGGUGUUCAAAAACUUUGUAUAAAAUCAGAGAUGUGGAAAAUUGUGCUCUAUAUGUGUAAUAAGAAUUGUAAUGCAUUCCACUGUAAUAUAUUUAAAAAAAAUAAAAAUUCCACUGGAAACCAUCACCAACAGAUUAGAUUGCAUACAAAACAGAACUUGAAUCCUUGAGGACAGACCUUCAACUUCAGGCCUCCAAGACAGGGCAAAGGCUCUCAGAUGGGGGUGUUCUUAUGGCCAGCAUGGAGGUGGCAGGACCAGCCCACGGAUCUGGUCACCCAACCAGAGGGCUGAAAGUCCAGGGAGGGAGCAGAGGCCCCGCAGGGGUUACUGCGCCCUGGCAACAAGUUCCUGGUCAAAGCCCAGGCCGGCCUCUACAUUUGAGGCAGAGUGCCAAGGGUGUCAGGAACCUUGCGCUGCCCAGAAUUCUGAAUGCUUUGGUCAUAAUUGACCCCCACAGUGCUCCAGGACAUUCAGCUGGAAGGUGGAUGGCCAUAGAGUGGUUUUCAGGGAGGAGCUGAUGGCUCUCUGAAGCUCUAGCAAUGUCAUCCUGGUUUAGAGGCCUAGGCUCUGGCUUGGGCCACUCCUUGGGUCAGGUGGGAGGCAGCUUGGCUUCCCCCACUGGCCAAGUCUCCAACUGCACCAUAGAUAUGCCUGUGGAGGUCUCCAAAGCUGUGGAAGCCCAUUCACUUCAUUGUCAGAGAAAGAAAAUUGAAGCCAGGAAAUCAAGGUUGAGAUCUGAGAAUAAAAGACUUAAAAAAUAUUGUAGUGAUCUGGAAAAAAAGCAUGAAGCAUCAGAGCUUCAAAUAAACCUUCAAUCUACAAGUUACCGAAACCAACUGCAACAGAAACAGGUAGAAAUCAGCCAUCUUCAGGCAAGCCAAAUGGCACUACAGGAGCAGGUGUUGGGCCUGCAGUCAGCUGCUCAAUCAGUACCUUCAGGAGCGGGUGGUGUACCAGCCACCAGCGCACCUUGUUCAUCCGGUAAUGGACUCAGUGAAAUCUGCAAACUACAACAUACUAUUAAGGUCCUGGAACAAAACCGAAGUCAGGACAUGGAUCAUCACCAACAUGAAAUGUCUGUUUUGCAGAAUGCACAUCAACAGAAACUGGCAGAGUUAAAUCACCAGCAUCAACAGGAGUCAAAUGACUAUGAAGGACGGAUUGCAGAACUGGAAAAGCUGUUACACCAAGGUGACUCAAUUUCUCCACAGAGUUCAUCAGUGGGAGAAGUGUUGAGAAUACAACAAGCCCUGUCUGAUGUUGAAAAUGAAAAAAUGAGUUUGAGUAGUUUAAAACAAGAUACUAGUCUUGCUGAAGACAAUCUGAAACUUCAAAUGCAUGUCCAAGUUUUAGAAAAAGAGAAAUCAUUAUUGAGUCAAGAAAAGGAAGAACUUCAGAUAUCACUUUGCAAAUUGAGCUGGGAAUAUGAAGUCAUUAAAAGUUCAGCUUCAACAGACAUGAAUUUGAAUGUACAAAUACAUGACUUAACACUUAACUUGGACGCUAAGGAGCAAGAACUGAAUGAAAGUAUUAACGAAAAGGAAAUGCUGAUAGCUGAGUUAGAAAAACUGGACAACGAGAACCAGGAAGCUACAAAGCACAUGAAUUUGAUAAUAGAUGAGCUAUCAAAACAGCAAAAUGAAGGAGAUGGUCUAAUCACGAAAUUGAAACAAGAUCUAGAUGACAAAAAAGAGAGAGUUCAUCAAUUUGAGGAGGAUAAAAUGGACAUAACUAAAGAGUUGCAUGUAGAGAAAGAAAAGUUAAGUGAGAGUGCACUGAGCCUCCGUGAUUUGCAUUUAACCAAGCAGAAGCUUGAAGAUAAAGUUGAAGAUUUAGUAAAUCAGCUAAGUCAGUCACAAAAAAGUAGUUUAAAUAUCCAGCAGGAAAACCUGGAACUUAAGGAAUUCAUUAGCGAAAAGGAAGAGGAACUAUGUAAAGUUCAGAACGAGUUAAGACAUGCUGUUAAUGAAGACUCUCAUUUUAAGGAUGACUUGCUUAAAGAAGGGGAAGUCGAAAUUACAAACUUGAAGCAAAAUCUUGCAGAAGUAGAACAGCUCAAUGAAAAUUUAAAGAAAGUUGCUUUUGAUCUGAAAAUGGAAAAUGACAAGUUGAUUUCAGCAUGUGAAGAUGUAAGGCAUCAAUUGGAAGAAUCUAUUGCUGGUAACAACCAAAUUUCUCUAGAAAAAGACACUAUUAUGGAGACUCUGAAAACAGAGAAAGAACAGAUAGAAGUAGAACUGUGUCAGGCCAAAAAGAAACUGUUGGAAGAAGCAAACAAUUACAGGCAGACUAUUCAGGAACUCUCAAAUGUAUGUAAUUGUAAUACCUCUGCCUUACAGCUGGAACAGGAGCAUGUAGUGCAACUCAGUCAAGAGAAAGACUUUGAAAUAGCAGGACUCAAAAAGAAUAUUGAGCAAAUGGCUACUGAUCAAAAAGAAACUAAGGAAAUGUUGGCAUCUCGUUUAGAAGAACAGAAGCAAUUGAUGCAACUUAUAAAUGAGAAAGAAAUUUUUAUUGGCCAACUCAAACAAGAAAGUUCAGCACUGCAAAAGGAUUUGGAUAAGUGUUCUCAGGCCUUAAAACAAAAUGAAACUUUAAGGCAGACCAUAGAGGGUAAAGACAGAAGUCUUAGCUCCAUGAAAGAAGAAAACAGUCAUCUGCAAGAAGAAUUGGAAAGACUUAGGGAACAGCAGAAUCGAGUUGGAGCUGUGGCUGAGCCUCAAACCCUCGAUAGUAUCACAGAACUAGAAUCUGAGGUAUCUCAACUGAAUAUCAUCAAGAAUCAUCUGGAAGAGGAAGUUACACAUCAUCAAAAGGUCAUUGAAGAUCAAAACCAGAGUCAAAUGCAGCUACUUCAGUCUCUACAGGAGCAGAAGGAGGAAAUGGAUAAAUUGAAAUACCAGUAUGAGCAGAUGAAGGCUGCACAUACCCAACUGUUUUUUAAAAAAGACAAGGAAAUUAAGAAUUUGCAGAAAACCAUCGAACAAAUAAAAGCCCAGGGGCAUGAAGAGAGACAAGUCAUUCAAACAGAGAAUGCCAAUAUUUUUCAAGAAACAAAAGUAAAAAGCCUUAAUAUAGAAAAUGGGAGUGAAAACCAUGACAUGUGUAAAGCCAAAAUGGAAAAAUUUGUGAAAAGAAUCAAAGAAGGAGUACUUGAGAUUAAACUUCUGAAUGAAAGGAAUAUAUCUUUAACCAAACAGAUUGUUCAGCUGUCUAAAGAUGAGGUUGAGAAACUCACUCAAAUUAUCCAGCAGAAAGACAUGGAGAGACGAGCUCUUCCUGCUAGAUAGUCUCCAGUUUCAUACACCUAGGAUGUCCUUGACCUCUAGCAGUAACUCUAGACUUCACUAUGGAAAGAGAACAUUUUAAAUGAGAAGAUCCAAAAGUGUCCCCAGCAUACCUUUGAGACCAGAUGAGAAAACUAUGCUUAAUAGUUCUUUUUCAGGACUUUUUGUUCAGUUUCUGGAAACAGAAUCUCGUUGUCACUAGGGGGCAAAAUUGUGAUGUAUGCACUUGAGGGGAGAAAUAAAGAAUGUUUAUGUACUUCUGCCCCUUUCAAUGCUUUAUUCACUCAAAUUACUAAUUUCACUCUAUAGGUUCUUAAUCAAGAAAGCAACAACCCUUAAUGCUAAGCACUGCAAUAGACAUAACUAAUUCACAGCAAACAAUUCUAGAUUAAUUCUAAGCACUGCAAAACACACUUAAUCAUGAUAGGCUAAUGACAGACAUUUCCUCUGCGUGCUAAAUUCAAAAUUCCUAAGCCUUAGGCUUUAAGUCCAUCAGAUGCAUACUAACUCAGACUGCGGUGAUCAGGUCCAUAAUCAAGGCAGGCUUUUCCUGGCAUGCAGUGGACGACUGGUUGAGGAGAGGGUCCUAGGGAGAAGUUGUGGCUCUCACCAAGGUCCAGACGAGGCGGUAGAGUUUGAGAGCAGUGAGGAUCACACAGAGGCUCAGAAAAUUAUGACAAGUGAUGGGAUGUCAGGUCCUUAGCAGGCUUUCCAGCUUGAGUGCAUCUUUGUUUGGGCUGGCUGAAUUCCUGUUCAUUUGCUCUAUUAUUUAUACUAAAUUUGGGGGCUUUUGACCCCCCUUUCAAUCCUUAUCAGCUACCACCAGAUUACUCAGUGACAUCAUUUACCCUGGGGUCAGAAACAACUUUUCUGGUGGUCUCCACCCUAAUUGAGAUUCUCCCCUUUCCCUCUUAUCAGGAGAGGACAGCCUGCCAGGGACUUCUCUCUGUUUAACAGAGUGAGGGGAAGCAAUUUGUUUGAGGACAUACUGGAGGACUCUGUGGGUGUGCCUAGUGAAACUGCAGGUUUCAAACUGGAGUUUUUAAAACGGAGUUGCUUAGGCUCAGGCCUAAGGCCUUCCUAACAUUCAUCCAGCUAUUCUACCACCAAAACUUUCUGUUCAUGCCAUGAAACUUUUAGACUCGCUAGGAAGGAGAAAGCAAGGGGCAAAAGUACCAGGAAGUUUUAAAGAUGCAGCAGAAUUCAGAGCUGGUAGAAGAACCAUUCUUGGCUCCCCAUUUGGAAGCUGUGACUCUUAUUAAUGCAGCUGGAUUUGGACCUGAUGGACCUGGGCAUCUUCAUUUGACCUGUACACUAUUGCCAAUGCCCCUUGACAACAGCCCCAGAGUUGUACUAAAGGACCUUUUAAAGCAAUACGUGAUUCUUAAGCCAGAGAUGAUUUAGCACUUUAAAGAAGCCAUAAACACAAGGUACUUCUCACAGUUUGGCAUUUUGGAAAAAAAGUCCCGUAUUUAUAGAAAAAAGAUAAAGAAAAAAGGCUGAUAUAUAGAG